GUGCCUUGGGAAGUGGAGUACUCAGCUUGCCAGUCGCGUUGUCUAUGUAAUGAAUGGCGGAUUGAGGAAAGAUGUGAGGAGGAGGAGAACGAGGAGGGCGGCCGUCGGUCUCCAUGCUGUUCGAAUCGGAGUCGGUCAAAGAGGGUGUGGUGUCGGUGGAAUGAGAGGCUGGACGCGAGGGUGAUGAGGAUGAGGGGUACGCCUGUCGCUGUCGAGGGGAUCGUACUCGCGAAUGGCGGCCAUCCAUGGUCGACGUUGAGGGAGCGGUCGUCGUCGCCGCCUUUGCCGUUGCCGCUGAGAGAGACGGUGGGGAUGAUGGGCUGGUGGUGCCUGCGCCCGAGAUGGGAACCCGUUUGACGCGGAGUUGCUUCCGCUUCAUGGAAUUCCUCAUGUUGGUCUCUUGCUUCCGAUGCCCCAAUACGUCCUCCCUGAAGUAGUCGACUAACACGCUGAACAGCAUGCCAGAGAGAAGAGACGUU